AUGGAAUCGACGAUCUUCAUUACCAGCUGCGUAGUCUGUGCGCUGAGCUUACUUUCGGUUGUCUUGCGAGUUUAUUCAAGGAUCCUGACGAAAGCAGGCUUGGGCUGGGAUGAUAAACUUGUUCUAGUCGCCGAAGCUAUUGGGAUCGCGUUAUUCGGUCUCUCUGUAUAUCUAUGGGGUCCGGGACACGGCCGUCUUCCUUCGAAGGCGCCAGUAUCCCAAUAUGACACUCAUAGCAUUUUAUCUCUCCUACUCUUCUUCGAGUCCCUCUACCUAUUCUCCAUGUGUCUUGCGAAGCUCAGCGCCCUCUGCUUGUACGUGAGAAUUUUCGUCCAGAGUACCUUCAGACUUGUAUGCAAAGUCAUCGGAAUAAUCACAAUACUUGUAUACGUAGGAUUACUCAUCCAAACCUUUACCAGCUCACAGAUCGCGCUCGCCCUUUGGGAUCAUCUCGAUGAAAAACAGCUGAUGAGUAAGCGGAAGUUCGAUAUCGUCACCGUUGCGUUGAAUGUUUUGGGGGACGUUAUUAUUAUUACUCUACCUGUAUACCCUGUUUGGAAGUUGCAGACCCGGAUCAAAACCAAGAUCAGCUUAACAAUACUUUUCAGUCUUGCGACGUGUGUUGCGGUCGUUUCGUGUAUUCGUCUGGGCUUCAUCGCCUAUGCGGACUAUGAUACAUACUCGCUCUUCGCUUACAGCAGUCGUGACUUGUAUUUUCAUGUCCUCGAACCCGAACUAGCGAUUUUCUGCCUCAACCUGCCGGCAUUGUUUCCGCUAUGGCAAAGGUUACACAAGAAACAUAGUACUGCCGAAGGACAGCGAUACGAAAACUAUCAUAUGAAUAACUUAACCCCUUUCGGUGGAAAGACGGAUGGUGAGCGUUCCUUGCGCUGGGAGGAAGUUAUCGCCGGGGAUAGUGCUAGAUAUAACGUUGAUAUCGUCGCAAGAACCCCAUCAUCGGCGUCGGCGUCGCACUUAUCGGCAAAACCCGACGCGCAUGCACACGGAUCCAAACAUGCUCUCGCAGGCUUGAAUAGAAGAGAUGGAAAUCCUCAAUCUGCUGAUAUCAAAGUAAAAAAAACUUGGCAGGUUUCCAGGAACACUUAA